CAGGGAGGCAUCACAGACAAUGGGUGCAUUGUCGCGCUGUCGGUCAACACAGCGCGGAGAGUAGAUUCUGCAGCCAUUGGGGUCAAGGAAGUGCUCAGGCUCGAACCGGAGCCCGAUGGCACAGGAAUCGAUGGUAGUGCAAAGCGAGUUUCGUUAGGCGCCCAUCGCUGGGGAGGUUGCUCCUGUCCGCACGCAAAAGCAGGACGCCGCCUCCACAAUGGACAGCCUACCCCCCCUGGCGAACGGCGACUCUUUAAACUUUCGCAGUUUCGCUGCCAGGCUGUCGCGUAACAACUCGCACCUCAAGGCAGAUGAUGAAGAGGAAACGUGCUCUGACGAGGACGCACGUCCUAAGAAGAUUCCAUCGCGACUCUCUCUUCUGAGUCUGACGAAGGGUGGCGGGUCUAUCUUCGCAGACGCCGAGGACAUGAAGGAGCGACUGAAGGCGAAAUUGAAGCACAAGCAAUACAACGUGGCAGAUUUCUACAAGGAGUCAGGCUGUUGGCAACAAAUUGCGCGAGACCCACGGUUUGACAGCUUCACGCUUGUUGUUAUUUUCUUGAACGCGAUUUGGAUAUGGAUUGACACCGACUACAACCAUGCAGAGUCGGGAUUGUUGGACGCGUCUGUAGAGUUUGUUGUUGGCGAGAAUGCGUUUUGCGCCUAUUUUUUUUUCGAGUGGCUGGUUCGUUUCAUGUCCUUCCAAGUGAAGCAGAAUUGCCUCAGAGAUUCGUGGAUGGUUUUCGAUUCGACCCUCGUGCUCUUCAUGGUGCUGGAGGUUUGGGUUCUCAAUAUGGUGCUGUUCGUGAUGGGAGGGGCAGGAGGUGCUGGACUGGGGAAUGCCUCCAUCCUCCGUAUGGCACGUCUCCUGAGGCUCACACGCAUGGCGCGCAUGGCGCGCCUCCUUCGAGCCGUGCCCGAGCUCAUGACAAUGGUCCGCGGCGUGAUGGCGUCCACACGCUCGGUGGCCCUGGCAUCCAUAUUGCUUUUCGGCAUCAUGUACGUGUUCGGAAUCGCCCUACGGCAGCUCACCGACGAGUCGGCCGUUGGGGAGCAGCUGUUCGAGAGCGUUCCGGAAGCGAUGACGACGCUGUUGAUCGACGGCGUGUUCCUCGACAAGUUUGGUCGGGUCAUUCGCAAGCUUGGGGACCAGAGCAUAUGGUCCGCCUGUACGUUCCAGAUAUCCAGUGCCUGGUGGUCCCAACAGGGGGUAUGGCGAAUAUGUUGAUCGGGAUUGUGUGUGAGCUCGUGGCCAACGUCGCAGCCAUGGAAAAGGACACGCGAACCAUCGCGCAAGUGAAAGAAAAGGUAUUGCAGGUACUGAGAAGGAUCGACAGCGACUCGGACGGCAAGAUCUCACGGGACGAGUUCAUCAAGCUGGUCGACGAGGAAGAGUGUUUGGCUGCGCUGACUGAGGUCGGCGUAGACGUUGUCGGACUCAUGGACCUCUUAGAUAUCAUUUUCAAGAGGGGCGAUGAGAAGACCAAGGAAGAGAACACUGAAGACGGGAUUACGUUCACUUUCGACGAGUUCAUUGAGACGGUUUACGGCCUGCGAGGUUCGAACCGCGCUUCGGUGAAGGACAUCGUCGACCUUCGAAUGUUUAUCCACCAGGGGUUUGCCCGCUUGGAGGGCAGGGUCUCGGAGCUCUCGGCAGAUUCCACGAAGGCGACACAGGCCAGGAACGCAGUCCAGGGUUGCCCGCUGGAGGUCACGCAGAGCCUGGAGGCCCGCCUGGGCCGCCUGGACGACCGCGUGCAGCGCAUCCUGCAGCUGCUGGAGGGCCAUACAGUGGAGACCCGUGCCAAGACACACCCCGCUUGCACCCAGGGUGCCCCGGGUUUCUUGGGCUUCGAUGGUUCUGCGAUGGGAAGCGUGACGUCCCCACACCAAACAUCAGGGGACGUCCUGGGGUCUCGGGGCGGGGUCUCUCGUGGAAACUUUCUUCUGGACUUGGCCUCCACUGUACACAGGCGGGCAUCCCGCGCACGAGGCUGUGAAGGCAGCACGCGGGGCACGCCCUGCUCCAAGGCGGCCUGGCUGCGGAGAGCUCCAGCUGCAGGGCUCGACCCAAACGGCGUUUCAGCGAUCUCGUGGCCCGGUGUCGUGUUGAGUCCGUUUUGCAGCACAGGUGGAGCGAAGGCAGCACGAGGGAAAACGAAGCCACAACGAAAACGGAAAACACUGGUUAGGUCGAACCUUGUCCUGCUCGCAAGCAAGCAUCAGCGGUGCAGAGCUGUCUGUUGCGUCAUCCCCGUUACUCGCAGCCCCCCGCCGCUGAAUUCCGCACGUACAGUGCGCCCAGCGGCAAGUUUUCCCAUGUUCGCGCGGGGCCAUCAUCUUACAGCGUUGCGCACACGGCAGGUCCGAUCGUAUAGCUUCUUAUAUUCGCGAGUGCUUUGUUUUUCUCUCGGCAUCGAUUUGCCAUGAGUUGCCAGCGCAUGGUUUUCCGUGCCCAGUCGGCAUUCGUUCUUGAGUAUCGAGUUUUCGAGAGGUCCCAUAGAGUACGGCGUACGGCAGGUGCAUGGCCACGAGCUUGCGUGAUGUGUCGUUGGUGCGUUCUGUUUGGCUUUGCCAUUCGAGCGAGGAUGCUAUGUGAGGAAGGGUG